AUGUCCGGAAAAAUCGCAAACACCGUCAAAUCCGCCCUCGGAGGCGCCAAGAAGACUGUCGGCUCCGUACUGGGCAACGAAACCAUGCAGGCCUCAGGCAAGAUCCAACAAGCCGAAGCCCAUGCCGCCAACUUGACCGCCCGCGCCGAGCAACAAGCCAAGGGCGUCGCACACAGCGCCAAAGGGGCUGCUGAAAAGACUGUCGGUGCCGCUACUGGCAACAAAUCCAUGGAGGCUGAGGGGCAUGUUAACUCUGCUCGUGGGGCAGCUGAGCGCAAAGCUUAG